CCGCCAGGGGCUCCGUUUGGCCCGGGCAGCGGCGGCUGCAGACCCCCAGCCCCGCACCGCUGUGGCAGGCGCCAACACACAAUGCGGGACUAGGCUCGCAGCGGGAGGCCGGGGCGGCGUGGGGGAGGCACCGCGGCAACUCUGCACGGGGGGGAGUCCCAACGCAGGGCGUGGGGGCGGGGAGCAGGCGGCGCAGGAGAGCGCCCGGAGUCCCGGCGCGGGAGGAGGAGCGGGAGCGAGCCGGCGAAACGACGCUCCUGAUCGCACCUGCACCCGGCAGGCAGCCGGCCCAGCCCUGCCCCUGCCCCUACCCCUGCCCGCGGCCCCAGCCCCGCACUGAGUCCGUGGGGAGAUACCUUAAGACCAUGUAGAUAUCCAGCUCGUCAUCCAAAUUCCACCUCUGGAUUUGGCCGCCUUCCCCUCUGGGUCUGCAGGAACAGAAGCUCAUUUGUCAUUCACUCAACUGACAUCUGAGAACGUUCUUGCAACAGCUUCUCAGCUUUAUUUGGGCAGAGAGGGCUGUAAAGAGAAGGCUGGCGCCCUCUCGGUGUCGUUAAGGAGACGAGACUGGGGCUCACUCACAGGGACACAUGGAAGCCGCCCGCCCACUCGCCGAAGAUCAGCUGAGCCCCGGGACUAAUGGUUACUCACACUGCUGAGAAUGGCACCGUCGCCCAGCCAGGCACCAGGGCAAAGGAUAACCCAGGACACUCCUGGAGAGUGAUCCUGAUGUCUAUUCUGAGCUGCGCAUUCAAGGGUGUGAUAACAGCUGGCCUCAGUAGGCACCAUGGCUUCCGCAGAGCCCCUGACAGCACUGUCCCGCUGGUACCUGUAUGCCAUCCACGGUUACUUCUGCGAGGUGAUGUUCACAGCAGCCUGGGAGUUUGUAGUGAACUUUAACUGGAAGUUCCCAGGGGUCACGAGCGUGUGGGCGCUCUUCAUCUACGGCACCUCGAUCCUGAUCGUGGAGCGCAUGUACCUGCGCCUGCGCGGCCGCUGCCCGCUGUUGGCGCGCUGCCUCAUCUACACGCUCUGGACCUACCUGUGGGAGUUCACCACCGGCUUCAUCCUGCGCCAGUUCGACGCCUGCCCCUGGGACUACUCCCAGUUCGACUUUGACUUCAUGGGCCUCAUCACCCUGGAGUACGCAGUGCCCUGGUUCUGCGGGGCCCUCAUCAUGGAGCAGUUCAUCAUCCGGAACACCCUCCGCCUCCGCUUUGACAAGGAUGCUGAGCCCGGGGAGCCCGGAGGCCCCCUGGCCCUGGCCAAUGGCCACGUCAAGAUUGACUGAGUGCGGGGACUCUGGGGGGCGGUCUCUCAUGCACCCCGUGGGGAAAGGUACCAAGCCGGUGGAGCCGCCCCUUCUGUACAGCACAAGCCCCGCCCCAUCCCGGCCUCAGCCCCGUGGGGCCCACACAGCCCCCACACAGCCCCCGUGCCCGCCACUGUGAGCUGGUGUUGGGGGGCCGGCUGUCCAGGCAGCAGAGGUACUUUGGGAAUGGUCCAUGGAUCUCAGCCCGGCUCAGAGGUGGCAGCAGGAGGCCUGAGGCUUGCAGCAGCCAGAGGACACGGGUGACUUUGGAAGCAGCAGGCCCUGUCCUGGCUGAGGGACUCUUGAGAAAUGGGCAAAAGGUGGGAGGCAAGGUCUGAGGAGGCUUGGGGGUGCAGCCUCUGCCACCUGGCCCCCUCUCACCUGGCUUAGUUGGGCUUUGGCUGGUUCCAUUAGGCAAUAUUCAGGUGCUUGCUUGCAACCAAUACCUCCCCCGGGGCCUGCUGAGCUGCAGCCUAAGGAGAGAACGGGCAGCCAGGAGUCUGCUUGGCACCUGUGCUGCUCUGCAAGGGCUGGGAGGCCUUCCCUUGGCUCCUCUCCCCUCCCCCAGGGCUCCACGCUGCUUUCUUGGCCUUCUGGGGGCCCCCUGGUGCUGGAUUCCCACCAACCUUGGGCUUUUGGAGGUUUCAAUCCCUGUGUGUUCGGUGGCGUUUCCCCCUUUUCACUCUUAUUUUCAAGGCCUUUACCACUCUCGGCCCUGUAUCCAUGUCAAUCACCCCCCACCCCCCAACUCUGACUCCCCAGCCAACACAGCUGCUGCCCGAGAUAGGACCCUGACACAGACCCCGCCCACCCUCUGCAGCCUCCCCUCCGCUAUUACCCCAGCUGGGCUGUGGCAGUGCCCCUGGUGCUCUCCUCCACCCAUGCCCCUCCCUGCAGAGGUCCAGCUGAAGACGAAUGGUACCCGCAACACACAGGCCAAGGUGGGCCCCACAGAUCCACAGUGGGGACCUAGAGACAAAUCAAUGUGUGUGGCGGGUUGCCAUCAGGAGGCAGGUAAAGGCACACCUGACUGGUUUAUUUUCAAUCCAUUUGGGGCCAGUCUAGCCCUCUAGGGGAUGGGGGAGCACUAGCCAGUGUUGAAGAUCCAUGGAGAAUGAGUGAGGGAGACCCUUCCAUCCUUGGUGGGAGGGGUCACUCCUGGUUCUGCCGAAGCCCCAGCCCUGCAGCAAGACCUCCUCGGGGCCACGCCUCCUCACCCUUCUUAGCAAGGCUGACACUCUGAGCUUGCCCUUACACAGUAUUACCCUGCCAUGCUCACGGGCAUUGUCAUCUCGGUUGCCCUGCCUUCCUCUGCGACAGGUCCAUUGCUGGCAGUGGACAGGUGAAACCCUUCCUCCAGCCCACUUCCAGCUCUGCCCCCACUCACCAAGGGGAGAGGUCCAUCAGAACACAGCCGAUCCCAUGGUACAUGGUCUCUUCUUGACCACACUAUAACUCUUAGGUAGAAAUUAGCCUUUCCCUUUUUAUGGAACAUUAAAAAGUGAUAAUGCCACCAGC